UCCGCGGGCGGGGGAAGCGGUGGAGGGAGGAGGAGCCAGACCGUAGCCUGCCGGAUACACCGACACCCGGAGGCCUCCCGGGAGCCGCCUCAGCCGCCGCCUCCGCCGCCUGCUCCAGCUCGAGAGACGCGAGCGGGCGGCGGGGCGGGCCGUGAGAGAGACACGAGAGGGAGGGCGGGGGCGGAGUCGCCUGCCUUCGCCUCCGCCCCCGGCCGCCGUCCCGGGCCCUGCCCCGCGCGGCCCGCCCAGCCCCGGUGUGGCAGCGGCUCAUGGCGGCGGUGGGGCCCCCGCAGCAGCAGGUGCGGAUGGCCCAUCAGCAGGUCUGGGCGGCGCUCGAAGUGGCGCUCCGGGUGCCCUGCCUCUACAUCAUCGACGCCAUUUUCAACUCCUACUACGAUUCCAGCCAAAGCCGGUUCUGCAUCGGACUCCAGAUCUUCCUCCGGCUCCUUGGUGAGGGGAACGGGGUAGGAUGCGUCCGGGGACGGCUCAGCAGGCCGAGAGGUAUGUUUGUAUCCAGUAUUGUUCUGAUCUUGUCACAGCGAUCACUUUUCAAGUUUUACAUGUACAGUUCAGCCUUUUUAUUAGCUGCGACUUCAGUGUUGGUAAAUUAUUAUGCUGCUUUGCACAUUGACUUCUAUGGUGCCUACAACACAUCAGCUUUUGGAAUUGAGCUGCUUCCUCGAAAAGGGCCCUCGCUGUGGAUGGCACUCAUUGUUCUACAGCUAACGUUUGGAAUUGGCUACAUCACACUACUCCAAAUUCAUUCCAUCUAUUCACAGUUAAUUAUUUUGGAUCUCUUGGUUCCUGUAAUAGGCUUAAUCACAGAACUACCGUUACACAUCCGAGAGACUUUAGUUUUUACUUCUUCCUUAAUUCUCACAUUAAAUACAGUGCUUGUCUUGGCAGUGAAACUUAAGUGGUUUUAUUAUUCCACCAGAUAUGUUUAUCUUUUAGUGAGGCACAUGUAUCGAAUUUAUGGAUUACAGUUAUUAAUGGAGGACACAUGGAAGAGGAUUCGUUUCCCAGACGUCCUGCGAGUCUUCUGGCUAACAAGAAUUACAGCUCAGGCUACAGUAUUAAUAUACAUUUUAAGAAUGGCCAAUGAAACUGAUUCCUUCUUUCUCUCUUGGGAUGAUUUUUGGGACCUCAUUUGCAAUCUUAUAAUUAGUGGAUGUGACUCUACACUCACUGUACUGGGCAUGAGUGCUGUAAUUUCCUCAAUAGCCCAUUAUUUGGGUCUUGGAAUAUUGGCCUUCAUUGGGUCAACUGAAGAAGACGAUAGGCGACUUGGCUUUGUAGCACCUGUUUUAUUUUUCAUUUUGGCUCUUCAGACUGGUUUAAGUGGGCUAAGACCAGAAGAGAGACUUAUCCGCUUAAGCAGAAACAUGUGCCUUUUAUUAACAGCAGUCCUGCAUUUCAUCCAUGGAAUGACAGACCCUGUAUUAAUGUCGCUCAGUGCCUCUCAUGUGUCAUCUCUUCGUAGACAUUUUCCUGUGCUCUUUGUUUCUGCUUGCCUGUUUAUUCUUCCUGUUAUACUCAGUUAUGUUCUUUGGCAUCACUAUGCACUAAAUACAUGGUUAUUUGCAGUUACAGCCUUUUGUGUGGAACUCUGCUUAAAAGUAAUAGUUUCUCUCACUGUGUAUACGUUAUUCAUGAUUGAUGGCUACUAUAAUGUCCUCUGGGAAAAGCUUGAUGAUUAUGUCUACUAUGUUCGUUCAACAGGCAAUAUUAUUGAAUUUAUAUUUGGAGUAGUAAUGUUUGGAAAUGGGGCUUAUACUAUGAUGUUUGAGUCAGGAAGUAAAAUCCGGGCUUGUAUGAUGUGCUUACAUGCCUAUUUUAACAUCUACUUACAAGCAAAAAAUGGCUGGAAGACAUUCAUGAAUCGUAGAACUGCUGUAAAAAAAAUUAAUUCACUUCCUGAAAUAAAGGGGAGCCGCCUACAAGAAAUAGAUGACGUAUGUGCAAUCUGCUACCAUGAGUUUACAACAUCUGCUCGUAUCACACCGUGUAAUCAUUAUUUCCAUGCACUUUGCCUUCGGAAGUGGCUGUACAUUCAAGAUACUUGUCCAAUGUGCCAUCAAAAAGUGUACAUUGAAGAUGAUAUCAAGGAUAACACAAAUACAUCUAACAAUAAUGGAUUUAUUGCACCCAAUGAAAAUCCAGAGGAAGCUGUAAGAGAAGCUGCUGCCGAAUCUGACAGGGAAUUGAAUGAAGAUGACAGUACAGAUUGUGAUGACGACGCUCAGAGAGAAAGAAAUGGAGUGAUUCAGCACACGGGCACAGCAGCUGAAGAACUGAUUAAUGACGAUACUGAUUAAAAUAGCAUUUCCUGAUCAUUGAGGUAUUUGUUUAAAAUUAAGUUCAUCCAAAAUGGAGUAAUCUGCUUCACUUCGUGUGUAACCAAGCACAAAAACAGUAUCAAUGUUGAAUCUGUGAAUGGUUUUCCGUUUACUGUGAUGUGCUACUGUAAAUAUACCUCUUUAAUUACUUCUGGUCUCUUUGGUGACCUAUUUAAAUUUGUGUACAUUAUUGUACAUAGAAUAAAAUGUUUUCACAUUUUUAUGACAAAUUUGAACAAAUAACUUUUUAAUAGAUGUAAUAAUAUGGUGCGUCAACUGUGCCAAAGAUUCCUCAAUGAAAGUCUGUGAUGUAUCCAA